GAAAGUCCGCGGUACGCUCCAGCACUACGGUCUAAGCUUGUCCAGCGUAAAAUAAAAGGGAGGAGGGGGAUAUUCCCACAGCCAGACUCGCCCAAGUGGCUUUUUGUUGACCCGCCCGGCCAGCCACCGCCUCCCGUGCAGCCGCCGGGCCAUGGCGCGCCGCGCGCGCGGCUCCGGCGCCGCUGUGGCGCUCGCGGCUGUGGUUGCAGCGGCCGGCUGCGCCGGUUGGGGCUUCUUGCUGCCGGGCGCGAGCAGCCAGCAGGGCUCGCGGCGCGAGGCGCUCGGAGCCGGCCUCCUGGGAGCCCUGGCCGCGGGCGCACAGGCGGCCGAGGCGUACGAGCUGCCCCCGCUGGGCUACGCCUACGACGCGCUGGAGCCCUCGAUCGACAAGGCGACCAUGGAGUUCCACCACGACAAGCACCACAACACGUACCUCACGAACAUCAACAAGGCCCUGAAGGGCAAGGACGAGCCCUCGAUCCUCGACCUGCAGAAGGGCGCCAUCAAGGCCGGCACUGCGGUGCGCAACAACGGGGGCGGGUUCUACAACCACAACAUGUUUUGGACCGAGAUGGCGCCAACGGGCACUGGAGGCAAGCCGUCCGGAGCUCUGGCUACCGCUAUCGACAAGGCUUUCGGGUCGUUCGACGACAUGAAGGCGAAGUUUGAGGCGGCAGGUGCUCCUGGCGCACGCUUUGGCUCUGGGUGGGUGUGGCUCGUGGUCACCAAGGAGAAGGGGUUGGCCAUCACCUCGACCCCGAAUCAGGACAACCCGUUGAUGGACGGUGUUGAGGGGACACCAGGCAUUCCCAUUCUCGGCUGCGACGUCUGGGAGCAUGCCUACUACUUGAAGUACCAGUUCAAGCGUCCCGACUACAUCAAGGCUUGGUGGAACGUCGUGAACUGGCCGGUGGUGGGCCAGUGGUAUGAUGGCGCCCUGCAGGGCAAGGCCCCGACGACUAAGGGCAGUGAGACUGCCACAUUCUCGCUCUAGUUUCCUGCGCUGCUGGUCAGCCAGAUGCCACAUCGAUUUUCGCUAUCUAGCAGCUCCUCCUCCAAGGCUGGGAGGCUCCCAGGUUUCAACGCGCUCUGGCGAGGAGGAAGGGGAUAAAGUGUAUGUCCGUCGGACUGUUUAGACCACAUCAGGCAUUCAUUCUCCCAUUCGAGGUAGAAGCUCACACUGUGGUACAGCAGCUCGCCUAGUCUCUGCUGGAUCUUAGCAGAUUGAUCGACGCAUGUCGGUGGAGGGGUGAAUUUCCAGCUCCUAGUUCUAGCUGGUUUGGGGGUUCAGCCAGGGUCAGGUUGUCCUCUAGGCAGUGAAGCAAGUAGGGCCUACCAUAGCUUCCGAGAGAGCGAGAGCGAGAG